GCUAGCUGAGUCACGAUUUUGGAAAUCUUGACCCCUCACUUUCUGUCAAUAGGCGAUUUCUCACCGGAAUUCCUGGAAAGAAUAGUUAAUGGCCUACCGUCAUCCCCUUUGAAUUUAUCUUCGCACUUUGCAGAGUCUCCAUACUCCAUGUGCACGCGUGCACAUUGCACUUACGUUCCUGGUAGUUCCUGGCAUGGCUUUUCCCUCCAAAUCUCGCAGGGAUUCUAGUCACUUCAACUUGUCUCUAUCUCAAGCAGUAACAUGAGCGCAACCCAGCCCAAGCUUGAAGAUCUUUGCCGUUUUUGCGCCAAAUUCUCUGAUACAGCGAUGCCCAUUUUCAAUGCUGACGGUAAUGAAGAAAUUUUGGGAAUGAUUAGAAGAUUAGUUCCUUUUGAAAUAUAUUCUUGUGAUGGAUUACCUCAAAAAAGUUGUGAAACAUGUCUUAUGCACCUGAAAUCAUUCAAGCAGUUUUUAGACGCCUGCAUUCAAGCAAACGAGAAACUCAGAAACCUCAGCUUUCUGCUGUCUGAUGAAGGCUGUAAUUCUGAUGAGCCAUCUCUCUCUGAUAGUUUUGGCCUUGGAGCAGCUGGAGAAUCCCCAAAAUCUGUAGCUAUUCCAGCAGAAGAAGCACACUUUAAAAAUGAAGCAAGAUCAGAAGAGUCGAUCAAAGUACAUCAAAAUUGUCGAGAUGAAACAGUCCAUCAUGAUUCUGACUCGCAACUUCAUUCGGUCCUAGAAGCUCAACCCUCAGCUGCAUUUCUUCUGUGUGACAUUUGUGGCAAAGUUUUUGAGCGGGCCAACAAUCUAAGGGUACACAAAGCAACACAUCUUGAAGAUGCCUUGAAGAAAAAGCAUGUUUGUUCUACAUGCGGAAAACGUUUUUUCUCUAGAUUUCAGCUGACAGAACACCAAAACGUUCAUCUGGGUCUGAAACCUCACCAAUGUGAUCUGUGCGACAAAAAGUUUCAUAAAAGAAUUUUGUUACGUCAGCACAAACUAAUACACCUCCCAGAGUCAGAUCUUUUUGAGUGCUGUAAAUGUGGUUUGAAGUUCAACCGUAAAAGUAAUCUCAAAGCCCAUGAGCGGACCCAUAGCAGCACCCGCAGUUUUGCGUGCCGUGUUUGCUCCCUAACCUUUGGAGAGAUGCGAUCGUUAUUAUCACACAGGAGACUAGAACAUAUAAAAAAGACCGAAGAAUCUGUCGUUGUCAGUAUGGAGCAUCGUUGUAUGACUUGUGACACAUACUUUGAAAAUGCUGACUCACUAAGUCAACACAUGAAAACUCACAAGCAGAAAGAAAACAAGCAGGCCCAGUGCAAAAUAUGCAGACAAGUGGUUAACACAAAAGCCCUGAAAUACCAUGAAAUGUCAAAACACUCAAAUAAAAGGCCUUUUCAAUGUUCAUAUUGCUCAGAAGAAUCCAAAGAAGUCGGAUUCAUGUCAUUUGGUCUGCUUAAAAACCACGAGAGACUUCACACAGGACAGCGACCUUUUAAGUGCGACUCUUGUGAAAAAUCAUUUCGUAGUCGGAAAAGUCUUCGUCAGCACAAGUUGAAACACUCAAACCUUCGAAAUUACGAAUGCAACUUUUGUACCAAACGGUUCAAAACCAAGGGUACCCUUAAAGUUCACUUGAAAAUUCACACAGGAGAGAAACCCUAUGUAUGUGACCAGUGCGGUCACUCAUUUAUCCAAAAAAGUGAUAUGAUGAAGCAUCAAAGGAGGCAUUCAAACCAUAACUUAGAUGGCAAGGUAGAACUCGAACCUACCACUUCCUAUCUACUCUCCAAAGAACACAAUCCUGCAGUCAAAACAGUCGAUGUUGCUGCUGUGGUAUUGCCAGAGCAUGUUCAAAAGAUGCUGAAUUUGACUAACACUUCAAUAUUUCCGGGUAACUUCAUUUUAGCAGACCAGCAUUUUACAGGUCAUUUUUCGGCUGAGUCCAACGUCAUCGAUUCUCAACGGAAUGAAAUCAAGAUGAACAACAGUAGUGAAGGUAGGCUCGUGACCAGUGCAGAUGGUCAAGAUGGCCCUUGCAUCAGAGAAAAUUUCAACGGUAAUGCAUUGAGUUCUCUCACUGCACCGUCGCUAAUGACAGAUGAUAGUGAUAUUGUAAUUACGAACUUAUCCCUCAGUCUUUCGGGAUCUUUAAAUUCUAGCAGUGAAGCACCAAGCUGAUCGGUGUGUGGCUUGAAACAAUCUGCUUUGAGACAAGGACACGGAAAAUUUCCAGGAAUGAUAGAUUGCACCUGAGAAUCCCGUAUGCGUGGAUGGUGCAAAUCAGAGGAUGCACGUUUUUGUAAGUUAUUUUUUGCAGACAGUAAUUGUGUUUCAAAGUUUCAUGAAUUAUUCAUGAAAUUAAAGUUUCGACAUUUUUGCUGUUGUGGCCCCUGUCAACCAAAGCAUCAAUCCCGGUUGCUAUGGUGCUAUCAAUUAUGUUCCUCUUAAUCUGCUCUUCAUCACUCUUGGGUGUGAUAUUGUGUCAGGGAACUUCCGAUGUUGCGGGGUAUCGCGUGGCAGGGGUGGAGGAGGCUUUACAAAGAAUUUUGUCAUUACAUUACACCCAAGUAGUGGCUGUGAAAUCCCAGGGUGUAUGAGGCUUCCUGUGGGUGGGGGGUGCCUCUUUUAUUACUGAAAAUGACAAACAUGUGAUACUUUGAGGCUGGCGCAGUUCUUUUAUUAGAGCAAUCAGUUCUAAAAUUCUAAGUAUAGUUUAAGUGAAAAUUCUCCGCUAAGAUUACAGACUCUUUUUUCGCUGUCACAUUCACUGAAUCAACGAUUUCGAGGAUCUGACCGUGUCAACCACCCGAUUCAAAAUAUCAGUAUAUAUAUAUGCACCAUCCAUGUUGUUCAUCCAUUGUUCUGGAUGGUGUGUUGGAAUUGUGUUGUUCUUAUAUUGUUGAUUGCGAAGAUUGGUGGUCGAAAACAAAAGGUGUAGGUUCAGAUCAAGCUUCAAUGUUUUCUAUAUUAUCAGGAAUGUUCUACACUGAAGGAGGAGUAGAAUCACCGAUGUUAUUAAUUAAAUUUGCGAGAGGAAUUUUCAUCAUCUGAGUCCUCUUCACUAAUGUCAGCUGUUCCAUUUCGACAUUUCCCUCAUUGCUCUUAAUUUGUGUCACUAUUUCCGCGAUUUGAGAGUCACUCAACACGUUCAUCUUAGUAAAAUCGAUGAAGCAACACGGCACGAAUUCACCGUAGAACUUUCAACGAGAUUUUUUAUGCACUAAGCACAAUUGAACGCAAAAUAUCACGAGGUAAACAUUGGCACAUACGCGAAAUGGCUGUCUGUUCUCACUAACCUCGAACCGGUAUUCCCCAUACUUUUCACAUGUUAUUUGUAAAGGCAGAUUUUGGCGUACUCUAUUGAAAUUGGUCUCAAUUUGUAGUUCAUAUCCUCCUGGAUGGAUAUCACUCAUCACAGAUAACAUGGAGCUCAUUGUGGCACUAGAGCGUAAAAACUAAGUCACUAUCCGAAAACGAGAAUACUCGGGCGUGAUAUUGAAAGGGUUAACUCCUAAAGGAAUUGUGUCGUAUGAAUUUGUCAGCCGGUGUCUCUUUGUGUAAAUGACUUCGUGAUUUUCUGUUCAGGUUAAGAAACUACAUUCCAGCCGGGGUACGUACUAUUUUGUCUGGAAUAUGACCAGCCAAGGGGUCGGCUGAUUCUAGGACGGCUUUUUCAGGGAAUCAAAGUUUACAGUUUUGCAAGCUCUAUGGAUUAGAGUGAACCCUCUUACUUCGCAAACUGUAGUAACAUCAUUUGGGUCACCACCGAUGGCAACUUCAUAUGCAUAACUUUUCGGGCCGCACCGACAAAUUCCGUUGUGUAUGACCCCUCUCCGUAACUUAAGCAUUCGUCGGUUAACCCGCCGAGCCAAUCAUUCGUAGGUAAAGGCUUAAUAUUUGCAGGGCAGCGGUAUAUUAUUGUGUCCGUAGCUACGUAAUAUGCCGUGGUCUGAACAUCUAUCAAUUCAUAUAGUUUUAUUCCAGCUUGAGCAGUCAUAAGCGCUGCCAAGAUUGCGUUGGUUAUCAUUUUUUUUUUUUAAAUCUCUUGUAAUUUUCCUCCAAAAUUAGGCGAUUUUAUCCUCGGAUCGGCGAAACACUCCGGCCCACUCUAAAGGCCCCUCCGGGGAAAAAUUCAUGUACUUCAGAUUAUAAUUUCAAUAAGGAUUCCUUUUGGGAAAGAUACACUGUAAUCAGUGAUACAACGAACCUACUUACUCACCUCCAAAAUUGUGUUGAAAUUGUAGGAAGUUUUAGCGGAUCGUUUGACACAUACGAAAAACCUCCCCUUCUGCCAGAAGAUCGACCCCACUGGGACAUUCCGUAAUACCUUCCCGAAUUCCUCCAUUAGGGAGCAGGGCACUAUUGCCGAUAUGUUAUUGUUCAGGCUACUGACGCGGAGUGUUAUAGAAUUGAAGAAAAUGAGAUGAUGAAAAUUUUCUUCAAUCGGAGCAAAUAAGUAGUUUUUAGACACUCGAGUCACCAUUAUGUCUUUAAAAAAUGGAUUCCGCCUUGAUGCUUCUCAAAUUGGACGGCAUCCAAUCGCGUCAUUAUUCCCAAGAAAUAUUCGGCCUCCUCCUGCUGGUUCUCGACAACCGCCUUUGCAGCUCCCCUCGCGUUUUUUAAUAGGAAUAAUGGCACCCUUAGCAGCCAAUGGAUUCAUCAAAAUAAUAUCAUUUGAAAAUACUUGAAAACUCUGCCCGUCAAGUGCAGGAUUUGUCACUUCGAUCUCUCACAAUUCGUGACUCAACAAACCUAUUGCGCUGCCCCAGCUUACCACGGAAAGCGUUCAGCAAAACUUUACUCACAGACCUACGUGAAGGAUUAGAA